AUGGCCACUAAUUCCGACCCCGUCAGCAUCAUCGUCGACGACUGGACGUUGACCAGACUGCAAAACUUCGCAGGGGGCUUCGGCGUGCCUGGCUCAUCGUACCCUGCGCGAUACAACGACACCAUGCUAGUCCUCGUCCCACAGGCGAACUCCUCUCUUCACGAGCUCGAGCCCUGGCUACUUCAGUUUUCUGGGACCUCGAUGUCGCUGUAUGGCGUAACACCGCCCACCGCCCCGUCGACGCAAGGCGUGCCCUACAACCAGACUAUCAGGAUUAGCGACUCCACACGUCCUGGCGCCAACGCAAACGACCUCAGCACGUACCAACCCUACACAUACCCCGCGCCAGCCACACUUGGCCUGAUCUUCUCGACGGGGACUGCGUCAACUGCAGGCACGCUCCGUCUCGGCCUUACCGGAUUUCUAGGACUCGGCGUAGACUACGUCGUCAUCCAAGCUGGGGAGUUCACAAAUGUGGCGGGGCAGACGAUGCUGGUGGACGACAUGAGCAAGGAGAUACAGUGGAAUGGGGCGUGGACCGUGAAGAGCGACUACCACCUCCAGGGCAACUCGAUCCUUCCCCCCACAUUUGUCACCGCUUUCUACCCACAUAACAACUCCACGCAUACGAGCGCAAAGGUGGGCGACUCGUUUGUGUUCUUGUUUUCGGGCACGUCUGUGUCGGUACACGGUAUUCUUCCCGCCAGCGCGACCACCGACAACUGGGAACUCAACAUGAGCUUCUCCGUCGACGGCAACUCCACCACCAAGUCGUUCACCGCGAAUGCCGCCAAAAAUGGCAUCGUCGGCCCACAUUUCGUGUACUUCGCGACGCCAACGCUCGCGGGUGGGAACCACACGCUCAUCGCCACGAUCCUCGAUGUUGCGGGCCCUGCAAACCCAGCGGUGCAGAUCGACUAUAUAACAUACGCCGGGGACUUUGCUACGCCGCAUGAUAGGCCGCAGUUUACGUUCCCGCCGCCAGCCAAUGGGUCGCCGUCUUCAUCGACUACCGCCAGUAGUGUGGGGACAUCCCCGACAAAUGCACCAAAACACGAAGCUUCAGGCGCUGCAAUCGGCGGGGGCGUGGCCGCUGGUGUCGUUGUCUUACUCGCCCUCGUUGGCAUAUCGUUUUGGUGGUGGAGAAGACGUAGAACGCGGGGCGACAUUGUUGCGGACCGAACGGCGCCAGAUCCUUUUCCUGUCGAAGGGCCCGAUAUGCGGAGCACCACGACCGCCACGGCAACAGAGGUGUCUUCCACGAGUCCGACUUCUAGCGCGGGUCGGACACGGAGGCAUACAGCAAAGUACGCAGCAGUCCCUAUCGCCGUAGGCAACGCCCAUUCGACAAACGAUGUCGAUGAGCGCAUGCGGCGCCUCCAGCAGGAGAUGGACGGCCUGAGAAACGAAAUCCGCAGCCGCAAUUCGAUUCCGGCGACGGCGCCGCCAGCGUAUACGGAUGGCGGGGAAUCAGAAUAA